AUGGUCAAUGACUUCAUUCCCUUUACUCAUGGGAAAGUUAUCUUGAUUGACAAAAUCAAAGGUAAAGUUUACCCCGUACUAGAAUUCACAUCAAUGCUCUUCACUGAUCAAUAUUGUAUCUUCUCUAACCAAAUUAAAGGUGACGUUGUUGCGGUAAUCGAAUUCAAACCAAUUUCGGAACUAACGGCUAAGGAGAAGGAUGAAAUCAAUCGUAUCACAACAUUCCUUCACCAAUGGAAGCAGUUUGUCUAUCCGAUUGCAGCUGGACGUGGAUGGGGAGGUCAAAUGUGGGGUAUAGGCUGGCGUAAGUGUAUGAAGGCUCUUGAACUAUUUGGACGUUAUAUCAAGUUGCGCAUGGCUUGGGCCUUCUGUUACCAAUACUUCAACCUUGCCAUUCAAUCUCAACUGGUUUCCAGAAUUCUUGGCCGCAUGUUCAAGAGUAUGGGUGACAUUCCAUUUGAGUCAAACCGGAAGCUAAUGGAAGAGCAUCGAAUUCCAUCUUUUGCAUCUGGAGAAUUCAACGAUUGGCUCUCUGAGUUUGACUGCGCACCUCACAUUACAUUCACCACAGGCAGAUUCUACAAUCAAUCUCACUGCGAUAAAGGUGAUGCUUCCGAUUACGCUUUUGCACUUUUUGUGCCAACUAAAACCUCCGAUGGUACCCUGGCCAAUCCAUUGACGGAGGCUGGAGCUUCUGUGACUCCAGUACAUUAA